AUGAAUAACAACAACACCAAAAACAAAAGGUUCGCUCGGAAACCGAGACGAACGAGUGCUGCUGCGACUGCGACUGCUGCGCCUGUUUCCUCUGAAGGUGGUGUCGUUCUCGAAGAAGAGAAGGAGGAGAAGAAUGAUGUUGACGACGAUGAUGAAAUCAUCAUCAUCGAAGAAUCUUUAAAGAAUAAUAAUAAGAAGAAGCAUUCAAAGACACCGUCAAAAACGACAACGACAACAUCAACGAAAAGGAAGAAGAACGAUACUACCGAUAAUAAGAAAAGCAGUGAUAAAAAUGAUCCGUAUUCGUUCGAAAACGCGAAAGAGUUGUUCGGAAAAGUGGACGAGGAAAUUUUGGUCGAGGAUGAUGAUGAUGAAGAAGAAGAAGACGUGGAUGCGCAAGCGGAGAAGUAUUUCGUGGCGAAUAGAGUCGCGCUGUUCGGGAAAGCGCUGAUGAUACAAAAGAGUAACAUUAAUAAGAAGAGUAAAGAAGAAGAAGUAAAAGAAGUAAAAGAAGUAAAAGAAGAAGAAGACUCCAUAAAAGAACCGACGACGAAACUCGUCAACAACAAAAACCGCCGAGUAUCGUUCGCGAUGGACCAAGAAGAAGUUAAAGAAGAAGAAGUUAAAGAAGAAGAAGUAAAAGAAGUAAAUAAAGAAGAAGAUAAAAAUGAAGUCUUAUUCGACGAUGCGUUAGCGACGGAGAUUAAACUCACUCCAGAGAAACCGAUUCAAUUCAAGAGGCAGAAAACGCCCUCGCCGGUGAAGCAAAUUAUUAUUACCAAAGCGGUGCAAUCGAGCGACCCACAAACGCAUUUGCAGGUGUUGGAAAAGUACGGCGGCGGUAACGGAAUCAACAACAUAAUAAAAAACAACUUUCAAGAGGAAGAGCACAGAACGUUAGCGUCGACGUUAUGGCUUUUGAAAAAUAUCGCCUCAAACACGCAAUACAGACGAAGGCUUUCGCGAGAACGACCGCACUUUGCGACGUCCAUGUUUACGGCGGCUUUGAAAAUAGCCGGAAAAUCCGCCACGGACGCCAAGUUACGAUUAGCCGCCAUCGCUUUGGCGUAUCUCUUUUCUUUGGAAAUCAAAACGUUUUCGAGAGUGUUGGACUCGAUGGAUAUCGCGUUGGGCGUCGCCGCGUGCGUAGACGAGGCAAACUUUUUUACAGAAGAAGAAGAAGAAAAGAAAGAAGAAAUAAUGGUAGUAAUAGAAGACGACACCAACGAUAUCGAUGGUGAUGUCGAGAAAGCAGUGGAAACGUCGUUGAGCGCUUUAAAAUUUCUCCCAAGCGAAAAGAGCGCGUGCACAAAAAACAUAGCUUUAUUAUUAGCGUUCAGGGCGUUGCAAUGGGGAAGCGAAGAGGAAGAAGAAAAAGAACGAAGAGAAGGUGGUAAACAACCACCAACGACCACCACCAACAACGACACGACAUCUCGCGCGUUACGGACGCGCCUUUCUAGAUCCGGGUUCAUAACUUCUGUCGCGAAACUCGCCAACGAAAGUUGCAAAGACUUGGUUCAAAGCUUGCAUUCGAGCAAAAUAAAGAGUAAAAAAGGUGAAGAUAAAGAAGAAGGAGAAGAGAUGAAAGUAAAGGCGAGAAAAGCGUGCGCGAGAUUGUUUCGAUGCGCUCGAGUCAUCGAGGCGGCGACGUAUACGAGCCCAGAGACGGUGACGACGCUAGCGUCUUCAAAUUUACCGGUUUGGGAAUCUUUCUCUUCUUCUUCUUCUUUCAUCAGCGAUGAAGAUAAAAGUAAAGAUGUUGAAGACGACGCGUUCGGAGAGCCUUCUCCAACGAUCAACAACGCCUCCUCGUCCACUUCUUCUUUUUCUGUGCUGAAACUCGCUGAUGUUUCUUUGCUCGCGAUAGAAGAAGAAGAAGAAGAAGAAGAGGUUGAUGUUGACGAUGGUAGAAAAAUGGUCACCGCUACUGCGACGAAUCCAACAACAACAACAGCAGCAAUUUCGACGCCGCCGAGACCUAUCCCAGGAAGUAACAGAUUCGAAGAUAACGACGACGACAACAACACGAACAACAAUAGUUUCCUUCAGAUUGGUUCUCCGGCGACGGUUGGCGCGUCGCCGGUUUUCGGUCAAAUGGCGAAAUCUCCCGGAGCAGCCUUGGAUUCUUGGCUCGCAAAGUCUCCCAAAGACGGAGACGUGGACAUGUCUCCGAAACCAAGAGGAAGAGGAGGAGGAGAAAAAGGUAUAAAAAACAACCACAACGAUAACAACAUCAACAACAACAGCAAAAAGAACAACUGGUCUUUAGCGAGGUGUUUGAUCGAAACGCUCCCCGCGCUGACGCUUUUAACCAGUCGAUCGAUGCGUCCACGAGCAAAGGCUUUACACGGCAUUCAAACCUCCGAGUAUUUAAACCCAAAUAUCGACGCGCGACUAUCCUUGGCUACGUUAAAAGCGUGCGUGUUCGCACUGACAAACUCGACGAACGAAAACACGGUCGGAGCAAAAGCGGCGGCUUCGCGAGACGGAUUACACGGCAUCAUCGCCGCAGUCGCGUACUUUUCAGCCAUGCGCGGGUGCGCUUUAUACGGUGAAUUUGCCGGAUUCGUUCCUAAAAAGGACAACAUGGAAGGUACCGUUCCAGACGCGUAUAAAGAAGCCGCGACAGAGUUGCUUCACGCGUGCAUGUGUUUGUUGGUGAACAUCACGGAGGCGAACCCUCGAGUGAAGCAAGAACUGUUACAACUCCAACUCGAUUGCUCGCCGUUCGGUACCGGAAAAGCCGAAGACUUUAAGAAGAAGAAGAAGAAGAAGAAGACGAGUAACAACGGAAAGAAGGUUUUGGACGACGACGACGAGAAAUCGGCAUCGCCGCUCGUCCCGUUUCCAACUGUCCUCGCGCGCAUUUUCACGCACGCCGGCGGCGCCAAGAUGCACCGGGUAGAAGACGACGACGACGAGGAUGAUGGAGAUGAUGAUGAUCAAAACCAAGACGACGACGGCGACGACGAAGACGACGAAGUCACCGUGGAAAUGCUCGACGACGACGACGACGCCACCGCGAACGCCGCCGUCGACCCGUCCUACGGCGAAGACCUCAUCACUCAAGCGUACUCCUCGCUCCUCCUCGCCUUCCUGGUCGAAAACGACCGAGAGGCGUUGCGUCGAACCGCCGACCAAGCCUUACCAAAAGGAGGAGGGAAAAGAAAGAGAAACGGAAACACUCGCGUCGGCGGCGCAAACGGCGAAAGCGUUGGUGGUACAAAAAACGGCGUCCAAGCGAUGGUGGAUACGUUGGAAAGGUUCCACGCUUUUCACGAUACGCUGGACGCCAUGUCCGCGAGCAGUUCCGAGAGCUUAAAACGCGUCGUCGAGUGGUUAAAGUCCACCCUCGUUUGA